GCGACAGAAUAUUAUUUUGCGAAUAAAACGAAAUCCUUGUUCGCUCUUUCUUUAUUCCAUUUUUCCUCUACGAAUCUCCCUAAGGGGAGAAAAAUAUCAAGAAAGAGCCAUCUCCAAAUUUCUGCGAAAAUAUUGUGGAAACCUGAAAUUCUCCGCUUCAGGAUAAACUGUCAUUCCGUGGCCUCUCAGGCUUGAGGCUUGUGAAUUUUGAGAAAUUGAACAAGAGUUUCACUUUAAUAAUACCCAUUCUGAGUUUGAAGCUUAGCUUUUAUUGGAAUAUAUUAUGAUCUUAUGCUACUGGUGACGCCCUGCAAACGACUGGUUUCACUUCAACAAUGUCUCUUUCUGGUUCUUUGCGGUUGUCCUAUGAUUUGGGACUUUGCAGGAACAAGAAAAAGUUUAAGGUUCCAUAUGUAAGGGGGAAGACUGAUUUAUUGAGCUCCGACCUCUCCUCCGAUGCUUCGUUUGUGCGACAUGAUGCCUGGGGAAGUCGUCUCUCCAACAACUUGUACAGGCCGAUGCAUUCUGUUCCAUAUGGAGAAAAUGCCUUUAAGUGUCGUGCUUUUGGAGUGCCUCCCCAAAUUCUUGAACUACCUGGUGUAAAACCUGCGUCCAUUGCAUUGACAAGGUCGUACAAUAACUUACAAGCUAGUCCUACUGUUCUUAAGUUGAUUCCAGCUGUUAGUAUUAUAAUUUUUGCCCUAUGUGGUGUUGAACCACUUAUUCGACAGGGUAGAAGCUUACUUUUCCAUAGGAGUGAGAAUAGCUGGAAGAAGAGUAGAACACAUUAUGUUACAACUUCUUAUAUUCAACCUUUGCUUCUGUGGAUUGGAGCAAUACUCAUUUGCAGAACACUGGAUCCAUUAGUUCUCCCUACAGAAGCUAGCCAAGUUGUUAAGCAACGGCUUUUACAUUUUAUAAGAUCAUUGUCAACUGUGUUGGCCUUUGCGCUUUGCUUAUCAAGAACGGUUCAGCAAAUGCAGAGAUUCUUCAUGGAGACGAGUGAGGCCAGUGAUGCAAGAAACAUGGGUUUCCAGUUUGCAGGAAAAGCUAUAUACUCUGCAGUUUGGGUCGCUGCUGUUUCAUUGUUCAUGGAGUUGCUGGGUUUCUCUACACAGAGGUGGCUAACUGCUGGAGGUCUAGGGACAGUUUUGCUUACUCUUGCUGGUCGUGAGAUAUUUACAAAUUUUCUUUCAAGUGCAAUGAUUCAUGCAACUCGACCUUUUGUUAUAAAUGAAUGGAUUCAAACAAAGAUUGAGGGGUAUGAAGUUUCCGGUACUGUUGAGCAUGUUGGUUGGUGGUCUCCAACAAUAAUAAGAGGUGAAGAUCGUGAAGCAGUUCACAUUCCAAACCACAAAUUUACCGUAAAUGUUGUGAGAAAUCUCACUCAGAAAACUCAUUGGCGCAUUAAAACUCACCUGGCCAUCAGUCACAUGGAUGUCCAUAAGAUUAAUAAUAUAGUUGCUGACAUGCGCAAAGUAUUGGCUAAGAAUCCUCAGGUCGAGCAGCAGAGAUUGCACAGAAGAGUAUUUCUGGAAAAUAUUAAUCCCGAGAAUCAGGCUCUUUUGAUUCUGGUGUCCUGUUUUGUAAAGACUUCCCAUCUUGAAGAGUACCUAUGUGUCAAGGAAGCUAUACUUCUGGAUCUCCUUAGAGUCAUCAGCCAUCACCGUGCACGGCUUGCCACACCAAUUCGCACUGUGCAGAAACUAUAUGGCGAUUCCGACCUGGAGAAUAUACCAUUUGCUGACUCAAUGUAUAACCGUGAUGGAGGGGCAUCUAACAGGCCAUUUUUACUGGUUGAACCCUCUUACAAGAUUAAUGGUGAAGACAGAACUAAAGGUCGUUCCUCACGCCCAGUUGGAGAACAAGACGGUAAAACCACAGUGCGGCCUACUGCCGACACUAAAGUGGACAACAAAGCAGGAACGACACCAAAGCCUGACUCCAAGUCCAAAGCAACACUGGCAGUUGAGCCCGAAGCAGAUGCCAAAAUUGAAGAAAUUCCAAAUUCUGACAUCAAGGAGGAAUUUAAGGCAGCAUCUGAAUCGACAUCCGAUCCCAGGACAGAUGAUAAAGUGCCCUUGAAAUCACCAUCAAAAUCUGUCCCCAAAACAAGUUCUAAAGCUGAAGAAACAUUAGAUCUCAACCAAAAAGUUCCGGAUUCAAUCUCUGAUAAUCUGCUCAAAAACAAAAAGGUCACUGACAAGCAACAGAAAAUUGCUAGGCCGAGCAGCAAGUCGGAUAAUCCUUCAGUAUCCACACCAGAAACUGGUAUUGAGAAAGCAGGUGGAUUACAAGAACAGUUGCAAUCAAAGCAGGAAGGUGAGAAGCUGGCGGUCUCCCAGCCACCAAAAGCAAGACCUGACUUGGAGGAAAAUAUAGUUCUCGGCGUAGCAUUGGAGGGCUCAAAGAGAACACUACCUAUCGAGGAAGAGUUGACUCCAUCCUCAGCAGAUGCAAAAAAACUGGCUUCUGCAAACCGGAAUGGAAACGGAUCCACUACCAAGGACAGGAAAGAUGGUCAGAUUCGAUCCACUCCAAAGAUCCCCGAUAAUCAAUGAUGUAUUCAAGACGCGGCAACCUACCCCCAGAGAUAACAACUGAUCUCUUCAUAGGUUUAAAGAAUUGAAUCAGAUCAGUUACUUGAACUGGGAAGUGGCAAGUAUUUUUAAUUUAAAUUUAAUUGUUUAAUGAAAACUAAUAAUUUCUAA